GAACCCAACAGGUACCAUUCAUGCCCCUGUUCUCCCAGAACCCAACAGGUACCAUUCAUGCCCCUGUUCUCCCAGAACCCAACAGGUACCAUUCAUGCCCCUGUUCUCCCAGAACCCAACAGGUACCAUUCAUGCCCCUGUUCUCCCAGAACCCAACAGGUACCAUUCAUGCCCCUGUUCUCCCAGAACCCAACAGGUACCAUUCAUGCCCCUGUUCUCCCAGAACCCAACAGGUACCAUUCAUGCCCCUGUUCUCCCAGAACCAAACAGGUACCAUUCAUGCCCCUCUUUACCCAGAACCCAACAGGUACCAUUCAUGCCCCUGUUCUCCCAGAACCCAACAGGUACCAUUCAUGCCCCUGUUCUCCCAGAACCCAACAGGUACCAUUCAUGCCCCUGUUCUCCCAGAACCCAACAGGUACCAGUCAUGCCCCUGUUCUCCCAGAACCCAACAGGUACCAGUCAUGCCCCUGUUCUCCCAGAACCCAACAGGUACCAGUCAUGCCCCUGUUCUCCCAGAACCCAACAGGUACCAGUCAUGCCCCUGUUCUCCCAGAACCCAACAGGUACCAUUCAUGCCCCUGUUCUCCCAGAACCCAACAGGUACCAUUCAUGCCCCUGUUCUCCCAGAACCCAACAGGUACCAUUCAUGCCCCUGUUCUCCCAGAACCCAACAGGUACCAGUCAUGCCCCUGUUCUCCCAGAACCCAACAGGUACCAUUCAUGCCCCUGUUCUCCCAGAACCCAACAGGUACCAUUCAUGCCCCUGUUCUCCCAGAACCCAACAGGUACCAUUCAUGCCCCUGUUCUCCCAGAACCCAACAGGUACCAUUCAUGCCCCUGUUCUCCCAGAACCCAACAGGUACCAUUCAUGCCCCUGUUCUCCCAGAACCCAACAGGUACCAGUCAUGCCCCUGUUCUCCCAGAACCCAACAGGUACCAGUCAUGCCCCUGUUCUCCCAGAACCCAACAGGUACCAUUCAUGCCCCUGUUCUCCCAGAACCCAACAGGUACCAUUCAUGCCCCUGUUCUCCCAGAACCCAACAGGUACCAUUCAUGCCCCUGUUCUCCCAGAACCCAACAGGUACCAUUCAUGCCCCUGUUCUCCCAGAACCCAACAGGUACCAUUCAUGCCCCUGUUCUCCCAGAACCCAACAGGUACCAGUCAUGCCCCUGUUCUCCCAGAACCCAACAGGUACCAUUCAUGCCCCUGUUCUCCCAGAACCAAACAGGUACCAUUCAUGCCCCUGUUCUCCCAGAACCCAACAGGUACCAUUCAUGCCCCUGUUCUCCCAGAACCAAACAGGUACCAUUCAUGCCCCUCUUCUCCCAGAACCAAACAGGUACCAUUCAUGCCCCUGUUCUCCCAGAACCCAACAGGUACCAUUCAUGCCCCUGUUCUCCCAGAACCAAACAGGUACCAUUCAUGCCCCUCUUUACCCAGAACCCAACAGGUACCAUUCAUGCCCCUGUUCUCACAGAACCAAACAGGUACCAUUCAUGCCCCUCUUCUCACAGAACCCAACAGGUACCAUUCAUGCCCCUCUUUACCCAGAACCCAACAGGUACCAUUCAUGCCCCUCUUUACCCAGAACCCAACAGGUACCAUUCAUGCCCCUCUUUACCCAGAACCCAACAGGUACCAUUCAUGCCCCUCUUUACCCAGAACCCAACAGGUACCAUUCACGCCCCUCUUUACCCAGAACCCAACAGGUACCAUUCAUGCCCCUCUUUACCCAGAACCCAACAGGUACCAUUCACUCCACUCUUUACCCAGAACCCAACAGGUACCAUUCACUCCACUCUUUACCCAGAACCCAACAGGUACCAUUCACUCCACUCUUUACCCAGAACCCAACAGGUACCAUUCACUCCACUCUUUACCCAGAACCCAACAGGUACCAUUCACUCCACUCUUUACACCGAUCCAAUUUUCCUUGUUCCUCACUGUUCUCAUAUGCUUCCAUGUUGAGCACCAGAUCAUUCGUUGGGGCAGAGAGAGAGAGAGAGAGAGAGAGAGAGAGAGAGAGAGAGGGCUUUCACUGACCCAGUUUUAAUCAAAUACAUGUUUUUAGAGUGCUGUAGAAUUUAGUGUACAUCCCAAGUGGCAUCCUAUGCCCUAUAUAGGGCACUGUUAUCAGUCCUGGUCAAACGUAGUGGUCAAACGUAGUGCACUACAAAGGGAACACGAUGCUAUUUGGGACGUAGACUUAAUGAAAUCUCCACUCGUAGCGAAACGCUCUCAGUAAAAAUGGUAUAAACAACCUGCCGUUACGUGGCCCAAAUCCCUUAUUAAGGCCCAAAUCCUUUCACAUGGUGGUGAUUGUGGGGAUUUAACGUGACCAAACCCCCCCUCAGAUAGAUCUACAGCAAACAGAGAUGCAGCUGAAAUUGGUCAGUACACAAACAUGAACCGUAACAGCUGUCAGUAACAUGGUGAUGUAGCUUUAUGCUACGUUGACGGAGCUACUACUAGUCAUCUUUCAUAGCUGUUUACACCAUCAGUCUGUUCAUGUUUCACAUUCCAUCACACUUCCGUUAACACUUUACAAACCAACAUGUAGAAAGCAUUAUGAAGUGGUUAUAAUGCAUUAUAACACCAGCGAUAAGCAUUUAUAACCCCUAUGUCCUCCCUUUCUAC